UCUGAAGUCAGAAUGUGGCGUAACAGUCUCUUUUUUUUUUUUAAUCUUCUGACCCUGUAGUAAACCUAAGAACAAGCAUUAUUCCCUGUUAUAUUAUCAUAAUAGAUGGGGGAUGUGGGGCGCGUUCUUGCAGAGGGGCUACUUGAAUGCAGUGGUUAUGCUUAUGCCCAGAUACGUAGGCAGUGACUUCAUACUCAUUUCUCAGUGCACGUCCAGCGGCUGUCGUUCCGGUGUAAGAAUGGAGAUAUCGCCAGGAAAACGAAUACGCGAUCAACUGUUUGUGCUGUAAACGCGUUAAAAAUGAACACAGACAUGUAAGGAAACGUGUUUUAUGUCAUUGUUUUGUCAAUUGACCGCUUUUUUGGAUGAUCUGUCGUUGAAAUACGGUUUUUUUUUUUCGAAGCCACGGUGCGUUCACCUACUAUCGUAUUGCUUUAAAAGCCAAGAUGGGCAGUAUCAAAUGAUGCUGAGGAUGGACCCACGAUCGAUGAGAGAUGCACUCCCCCCAAGGUGGCAGCAAUGGCGCAAGCAGCAGCUACUGUGAUGACCAUGUACUCGUUCCAUACAGAGGAAUAAUGCUGACAUUGAUGACUGUGGGAUCCUUAUAAAUUGUUAAUAAUACAAUGAACACCUCUGUUACACCAUCAGACCUGGUGGAAGUGCCAAGACCGCAGAACUUCAAUGGCACCCUGGGCACACAGACCCCAUCGAGUUGGGCUGUGAUCCACACUGCUACCUUGACCUUUUGCUCUCUCCUCCUCAUCUUCAUUUUCUGCCUGGGCUCUUAUGGCAACCUCGUGGUGUUCCUGUCCUUUUUCGACCAGGUGUUUCGCAAGUUCCGCACCAACUUUGACUUCAUGAUCCUCAACUUGUCCUUCUGUGACUUGUUCAUUUGUUGCGUGACCGCUCCCAUGUUUGCUCUGGUGCUCUUCCUGGAUGCAGGUGGAGGGGAUGGCGUGUCGAAGAGUUUCUGCUUCGCCUUCCACUUGACCAGCUCGGGCUUCAUCAUCAUGUCGCUGGAGACGGUAGCGGUCAUUGCUUUGCAUAGACUGCGCAUGGUUUUGGGGCAGCAGCCCAACCGUACCGCCUCCUUCCCCUGCACGCUGGCCCUCACCGCCCUGCUGUGGACGUCCAGCUUCACCAUGGCGGCCCUCCUUACCAUGCGAGCGUACCCGCGUAGAGAUGGACCCUGCUUACCCCACUUUGGCCUUGGAGGUGGACAGGCCAGGGUGGUGUUGUAUGUCUACCUGGCAGACUUUGCCUUUUGUGUGGCUGUGGUGUCGGUGUCCUAUCUGAUGAUUGCUCAGACACUGAGGAAGAAUGCACAGGUGAGGAAAUGUCCGGUCAUCACUGUAGACGCCACAUGCCCUCCACCCCCACCACCCCUCAUCGCAGCAGGCUUUGAGAGCAUGCAGUGUGCUGUUCAAGACCCGUCUCUGUACUGCAACCAGACGUACAACAAACAGCAUAAAGUUCAGACACACUCUUAUGUCAACAAGUCCAGCCAGGCUCUGGUUCCAGGGGCUGCCCAAGGAGCCACCUGCUGUCAGCUGGUGUCCACAGUCAACUUGGCCACAGCCAAAGACUCGAAGGCAGUCGUCACCUGCGUAGUCAUCGUGUUCUCUGUGCUGCUUUGCUGCUUGCCGAUGGGAGUUUCACUGGCGCAGGACGUUUUGUCCCCAGAAAGCAGCUUUGCACAUUACCAGUUUGAACUGUGCGGCUUUGUGCUCAUUUUCCUCAAGUCGGGCAUCAAUCCCUUUGUGUACUCGCGCAACAGCGCGGGCCUCCGCCGCCGCGUACUAUGGUGCAUUCAGUGGGCGGCACUGGGCUUUCUCUGUUGCAAGCAAAAGACUCGGUUGCAUGCGAUGGGGAAGGGCAGCCUGGAAGUCAAUCGCAAUAAAUCCUCCCAUCAUGAGACCAACUCGGCCUAUGUACUGUCGCCCAAGCCGCAGAGGAGGCUGGUUGACCAGGCUUGCGGGCCCAGUCACUCCAGGGAUUGUGCUGGUAGUCCAAGGGCCACGGGUGGGCGCAAACCUCGCCCCCCGAGUACCUCGACGCCCAUCAACACCCGCAUUGAGCCCUACUACAGUAUAUACAACAGCAGUCCCUCUGCAGGACCCAGCUCCCCAACCAGCCUGCAACCUGUCAGCUCUCAGACAUUUGCCUUCGCCAAGUCUUAUGUAGCCAUGCACUACCACACUCACCAAGACGCACUGCAAGACUUUGAAAGCACCUCAGUGCACCAGAUUCCCAUUCCCUCAGUCUAAUAGAAGAUCAGAAGAGGUGUGGACAAUCUGUCCGUGGCUUUGAAUCAGAAGAGGAACACGAAAACAGCCCAUUUGAUGUAUUUGGACUCUGUAUUAACCUUUUGUUCUCUUCUACAUUGGAAAUACAAGUUAAGUUUUCUUGAUUGAAAGAAUUAAAGAACCAGUAUUAUAAGCCUUGCCAUGCAACUAAAAAACAAGCAAUAGAUUUGUUAUGAAAGUGUCUUAUCCAGAAGUUCUUUACUGUUAUUGAAUUCACUUAUUUUUCCUUUACAGAUACUGCAUUUCCACAUUAAUCUGCCCCUGUGUUGCGCACGCAUGUGCCAUUAUAACCCGAUACUCUAUUGGUUUUCAUUGCAGCCAAAGACUGCAGUUGCUAGAUCACUGCUGUUUCCUCUCUGGCUGAAGUUGCUGAGCAAGCUGAUAUAAGCUGCUGUAGUGUCGGGCUGCUGUGAAUCCACACAGGCCCACACGUGGCUGUCGAUGGCAUGUGGUUGCUACUUUGAUGAACUUUUGCUUAUUAAGAGAAAUGUAUUCGUGAACCUCGUACACUUUUCAACACAAUAAAUGUUUGGCAAGAA